GUGCCAGUGAAGAAGAUAAAAACUACAACCUGCCCCGACUCUGUAUUCGAAAGUUCUUCCCCAAGAAGAAAUGCUUUGUCUUCUAUCCACCCACUGAGUGGAGGAAGCUCUCUGAGUUGGAGAGCCUGCACGAUGAUGAGUUAGAUUCUGAAUUUUUACAACAGGCAACUGACUUCUGUUCCUUCAUCUUCAGCUCUUCUAAAGCUAAAACACUCCCAGGCGGCAUCAAGGUCAACGGAGCUCGACUAGAGAAACUGGUGAUCACAUACAUCACUGCCAUCAGAAGUGGGUGUCUGCCCUGCGUGGAGAACGCUGUCCUGACCUUGGCAAAGAUAGAGAACUCUGCAGCAGUGCAAAAGGCCAUCACCCAUUAUGACCAAGAGAUGAGCCAGAGGGUACAGCUGCCCACAGAGACCCUCCAGGAGCUGCUGAACCUGCACAGAACCUGUGAGAGAGAGGCCAUAGAAAUCUUCCUCAGGAAUUCCUUUAAAGAUGAAGACCAUUCAUUUAAAAAAGAUUUAUUGGCUCUGCUAGAAAAGAAGUGGACUGGCAUCUGUAAUGAGAACAUCAAAAUAUCAUCAAAUCAUUGUUCAAAGUUACUUCAGGACAUCUUCAGCCCACUAGAAGAGGCAGUGACAAAGGGCACUUACUCUCAUCCAGGAGGAUAUCUUCUCUUUGUUGAGAAGAGAGAGGAGCUGAAGAAAAAGUAUCUUCAGGAACCCAAGAAGGGGAUCCAGGCUGAAGAGAUUCUGCAGGCAUACUUGCAGUCCAAUGAGGCUGUUGCUGGGGCACUUCUACAAAGAGACAAGGCUCUCACAGUAAAGCAAAAGGAGAUUGAAGUGGAACGAGCAAAAGCUGACUCUGCACAGGAUACUGUGAAAAAGUUGGAAGAAAUUGCAAAGAAGCAUGCACAGUUGAUGAAGGAGAAAGAGAGGUGUCUCCAUGAGCAAGUGAGGCAGUUGACUGAGAAGAUGGAAAGUGAGAAAGCUCAGUUAUUGGAGGAGCAAGAGAGGAUUCUGACUUUUAAAUUGCAGGAACAGGAACGACUGCUCAAAGAGGGGUUGAAAGAAGAGAGUAUAAGGCUGCAGAAUGAGAUUCAGCUUAUGGAGAAAAGAAACAGUGAAAAAGAAACUGAAUUUGCCGAGGCUGUUUUGAAAAUUUUGGAGGAUAUGUACAAGAUGGACCAGAACAAAAUGGCACAAAAAGGAAAAGGUCAUCAGGAACAUGCAAAGCAAUUAACUGAGAAGACAGUGUCUUCUGAAUGCCAGGUUGCCAUGACACCAGGAAAUAUGAAGGCCCCCAUGUGUCUGGUAGAAAAUAAGAACAAGCACCUGUUGGUGAAUCCUAGAGCUAUCCAUAUUCUUAACAAUAUUUCUCAGCCUGUGGUCGUGGUAGCCAUUGUGGGGAUGUACCGCACAGGAAAAUCCUACCUGAUGAAUUGCCUGGCUGGUCAGAACCAUGGUUUUCCUCUUGGAUCUACAAUACAGUCUCAAACUAAGGGCAUCUGGAUGUGGUGUGUUCCUCACCCAACAAAGCCAAGUCAUACCCUGAUCCUCCUAGACACUGAGGGUCUUGGGGAUGUAGAAAAGGGUGACCCUAGGAAUGAUGCCUGGAUCUUCGCCCUGGCUGUGCUUCUGAGCAGCACUUUUGUUUACAACAGCAUGAGCACCAUCAACAAUGAUGCCCUGGAGAAGCUGCAUUAUGUGACAAAACUCACAGAGCUCAUCAGAUCAAAGUCCUCCCCAAGAUCUGAUGGGAUAGAGGAUAGUAGAGAAUUUGUGGGCUUCUUUCCAGACUUUAUCUGGAUUGUACGGGACUUCACUCUGGAGCUGAAGCUGGAUGGUCACUGCAUCACGGAAGAUCAGUACCUGGAGAAUGCCUUGAAGUUGGUUCCAGGGCAGGAUCCCCAAACCGGGACAUCCAACUGGCCCAGGCAGUGCAUCAGACAAUUUUUUCCCAGGAGGAAGUGUUUUGUCUUUGACUGGCCAGUAAGUGACCCACAACUCUUAGCCAAGAUUGAGAGUAUCCCAGAAAGUCAACUGAACCCUAAAUUUCGGGAUCAACUGAAGACUUUUAAUUCUCAUAUCUUCACCCAUGCAACUGUCAAGAGACUUGGAGAGGGGAUUCUGGUCACUGGAAAUCGACUGGGGAAUCUAGUGCAGACCUACGUGGAUGCCAUCAACACUGGGACAAUACCUUGCUUGGAGAAUGCAGUGACAACCCUGGCUCAGCGUGAGAACUCAGCAGCUGUGCAGAAGGCAGCUGACCACUACAGUGAGCAGAUGGCCCAGCGAAUGAGGCUCCCCACAGACACGCUCCAGGAGCUGCUGGAUGUGCAUGCAGCCUGUGAGAAGGAAGCCAUUGCUGUCUUCAUGGACCACUCCUUCAAGGAUGAGCAGUGGAAGUUCCAGAAGCAGCUUCUGGGCAUCAUACAGGAAGGGAAGGAAACUUUCAUGCGACAGAAUGAAGCAGCAUCUCUCAGUCACUGCCAGACUGAGCUGGACAAGCUCUCAGAGUCCUUGAGGGAGAACAUCUCAUGUGGAGCUUUCUGUGUUCCCGGGGGCCACAAUCUCUACUUAGAGGCCAGAAAGAAGGUUGAGCAGGACUAUGAGCAAGUGCCCAGGAAGGGAGUGAAGGCAAGUGAGGUCUUCCAGAACUUCCUGAAGUCUCACAUCACUGUGGAGGCAUCCAUCUUGCAGUCAGACAAAGCUCUUAGUGAUGGACAGAGAGCAAUGGCAGAUGAGAAAGCCAAGAAAGAGGCAGCUGAGAGGGAAGUGGAGCUAAUGAGGCAGCAACAGAAGAAGCAAGAGCUAGAAAUUGAGGCUCAAAUGAGAAGCUUUACAGAAAACAUGGCUCAGCUGAAGAAGAAGAUGGAGAUGGAAAAGGAGAAACUUCUGAGAGAUCAGAAGAGGGUUCUGGACCAGAAGAUGAAGGCCCUAAAAGAACUACUUCUUGAAGAAGUUGAAGAGAAAUGUGAUGGUUUAAGAAGAGAAAUAAAGCUAAGAGAAGAAGAGAUUGAAGCCCUGAAAUAUAGUCCAAUUCAGAAUAUCUUUGAGGCAGCUGCCAAUAUACUAACUGUAUUUCCUUUGGUAUAUAAAAUAGGGAUGGAGAUUCUUAGCACAUAUAUCGUAUGAUGAGUCAUCAAGUCAAGUACAAUAAGAAGCCUUCAUAUGUGAUAGCAAUAUUCGUUUUUUUUCCAAUUUUUAUUAGGUAUUUACUUCAUUUACAUUUUAAAUGCUAUCCCCAAAGUCCUCUAUA